CCGCUGGGCUGCACUUCGAGGUUGGACGGGAACGUUUUGAAGCGGGAGAUCUUGUGUGAGCGAGCCCCUCCACGCGCGGGUCGGCGCUCUCGGGGGGCUUUAAAGGAGCCCAGGUAUGACGGCGCGUUGCCCCUCCUCCUCCACCUCAUCCUCCUCCUCCCUGUCCCCGCGCACUCAAUAUAUAAGCGUGCAUCUCGAGAGCCAUUAUCGUGGAUGAAUAUUUCUCACAUGACGGAAUAAACGUCGGACACUCGUGAAACGCGCGCCAUGACACGCGCCGAUGACAAGCGCGUGCUUUUCCGUCAACAAAAGUGACGAUACUUUUUUGUACUCUUAUUUUUUUUAUUUAAUAUUUUCAAUACGCUUUUUGAAGUCGUGGAACAAACAGGGAUUUAUACGAGGAACUACUACACUGAAGUACGGAGAGUUGUGCGGGUUUGGGUGUCGACUCUUAAUUAGGUCGUGAGACGGUUUUGGAGACAUCUGUGUAUGUUUGGAGCAAUGCGCACUUGGCUGUUUCUAAUCCCGGAGGUUGAUGCUUGAGAGUGGCCGAUGAAUCAAACACCAGCCUCGGUCUCCCAGUAACGCCUGGGAGCCGGCGGAUUUGUAGCAGAUUAGUGAGUGAACCGCUGUUUUCCUCCAACUCCUGAUUAAAAGCGCGUCUUUUCGCUGCCACGGACGGACGCUCUGCAAAGCGCGCAGCGCGGAAUCUAACGCGGAAGGGAAAAGAGAAGCCCUUUCUCCCCCCGCUCACAUGUGUUCAUCACAGACUCUCCCCACGGAGGCGGACGUCACACGUCGCGGGCGUGUCGGUCGACGUGGAGACAUCAGGAUACGCGCUGGAGACGCGCACCUGAACGGGAGACUCCUUCCUCAGCUUGGUGUUCUCCGUGGAUGUCAUGGGGGCUAUCUGCUCGGACGUACUUCUUAAAUCAGCAGGAAAACACUCACUCACUCACUCACUCACAUAUGCACAAACACUCACACCCGCACGCACACACACCUCUGUUACGCGCUUCGGGUCACGCUGGGACCAUGUCGCGCCGUAAAUGAUUAAAGCGCGUUUUUUUUUUUCGUGGAUGCGUUUCCGCGGACCUCGAUUCCGCCGCCCGGCCACCUGACGAUGCCUCUGCGAGGAUGUUGCGCUUCCCUGUAAAGAAAAUUCGGAAGCAAUUCAAACUGCUUCUGUUGCUGGUCCUGCUGACCUUCGCCGUGUGGUUCACCUACCUGCACAUCAACCAGGGCAAGAGCAUCAGGCUGCACUUCAACUAUGGCAAAGACGGAGAGAGACAGAGCGAGGGGACGGACGCCAGCCGCAAGAGGGACAGCCGGUCCUCGGCGGGACGCCACAGGAGCGAGGACAGCAGCGACAGCCGGGAGGACGACGGCAACGAGGAGGAGCUGCUGUCACGAGGCGUUGCUGACGGCAGAGACUACAACCACCUCCGGAAGUACCUCAGCCAACACCAGCAGAAGCUACCCUGGAGUCCCGAGUAUAAAGGCCUGGUCAACCUGCAUGUGUUUGAAGACUGGUGCGGCUCCUCUAUAGCCCAGCUCAGGAAGAACUUGCACUUUCCUCUCUACCCACACACACGAACCACGGUGAAGAAGCUAGCCGUGGCUCCAAAAUGGAAGAACUAUGGGCUAAGGAUCUUCGGGUUCCUGCACCCUUACAGAGACGGAGACUUCCAGUUCUCCGUCUCAUCCGACGACAACUCCGAGUUCUGGCUGAGCUCCGACGACAGCCCGCUCAACGCCCGGCUGCUGGUCUACGUGGGAAGGCUCGGUACAGAGUGGACUGCUCCAGGCGAGUUCAGCAAGUUCAGGUCCCAGUCUUCUAAAUCAGUACACCUCAUCUCAUCCAGGCGAUAUUACUUUGAGGUUCUCCACAAGCAGGACGAUCGAGGCUCAGAUCACGUGGAGGUCGGGUGGCGUCCGUUCCUGCCCGGGCUGAAGUAUGAGGUCAUCGACUCCGCCCACAUCUCCCUGUACACAGACGAGGCCAGUCUGAAGAUGAACAGCGUGGACCACAUCCCCCAGACCCUGGCCAGCCACCCCCCCCCCCCCCCCCUCCGACCCCCACGCCCCGCCCGUCAGGGGCCCGGCUGGAGGGGCCGACCGCAGCACGCGGCCGACAUGCUGAAACCAGAUCCCAGGGACACCUUCUACAGAACGCCCCUGAUCCACCCCUCCAGGCUGAAGAACGUUCUCCCGGCUUGUCUCUACUCUCCCACCUAUGUGGUCAAGGACUUCCCCAUCGCCAGAUACCAGGGCCUGCAGUUUGUGUACCUGUCCUUCGUCUACCCUAACGACUUCACCCGUCUCACCCACAUGGAGCGGGAGAACAAGUGCUUCUACCGGGAGUCGCCCAUAUACCUGGAAAAGUUUGGUUUUUACAAGUACAUGAAGAUGGAUGAAGAGGAGGACGACAGGCCGUUCUUCUUCCCCAACCCAGACGACUUCCUGGAUGAAGAGGAAGUGGUGGAUCCCGAGGACGAGGCGGAGAUCGUUGGCACCCCGCCCCCGAGGAGAGCCCCGCCCCUCCACCAGGCAGGCCACACCUCCAGACCCGCCCACCACCGCCCAGCCUCCCGCCCCACCCCCGCCUCCAGGAGGAGGGGCCGGGCGGAGGAGGAGGAGGAGGAGGAGGAGGAGGAGGAAGUCGUGGUCCGCAGCGUGACAAGGGUCCGUAGCGAGAGGGGGAUGCCGCACCCCCAGAGGGACCAACAGACGAGGAGGGCGGAGGGCGGGGACUGGGGGCGGGACCAACCCCGGGGGGGAAGGACUCCGGGGGUCCGGGGCAGCAAGGAGGAGGAGCCUGAGGAGGAGGAGGCGGAGCCUGCACUGGACGGGCUCCGCUCGCCGGAGGACAGGGUCAAAGGUCGGUCGCUGACCUGGCUCCAGCCCGCCCCCCCGGAGCAGCGGCUGGUCCAGGGGGGCGGAGCCGAGGGGGGAGGAGCCGAGGUGGAAGACGGCGAUGGGAGAGGCGAGGCGCCCGCCAAGAUCAGCCGGGCGUCCAUCUUGUUCCCGCAGAAAACCUCGGCGCUCUCCGCCCUCGCCAGCCGGGCCAAGCGCAUCCUGGGAAACUCCGCCCACGGCAAAGCCAAGCCCCCCGGCGACAAGCCGGCGGAGAAGCGGGACGAGAACAAGAUCUAUAUCACACGGCCGCGGCCCGCCAAGGAGCGGGAGGCGGAGCGGCGGGAACGCCGGGAGGAGAAGGGCUGGCGGCGGCCCCGGGAGGUGUUCCCAGGGGUCUUCCUCUACCAGAACGGGAAGACCACCCGGCUGGUCAACCUGGGCCCCAGGGCCCGCACGGGGGCCAGACUAGCGGGGCCCAGGGAGAGGGUGAGUGCGGCCCAGCUGUGGCCCAAGUCCGCCCCCAAAGAGGGACGGACCGCCCCCCGUAACGGGACCGCCGGCCGACACGGGGCGGCGGGGCAGAGGGGUGCCAGCAAGGGGGCGGCGGCGGCGAAGCCUCCAGGGAGGGGCCCGCGGCGAGGGGAGCGACCGGCUCCGGGACGGGACGCCGCCGGCCCCGCCCCCGGUCGGCUGAGCAAGGCAGCCUCGUCUCCCGCCCCGCUGUCAGAGCACCCGGACACGCCCCCGCCGCCGUACGCCCCUCCCCGGAGUUUCAACGCCUCCGACCUGGGGGGCGGCGGGGUGGUCCGGGUGACCUCGUACCUCCGGACCUCGGAGAUCACCGAGUCGCAGAACCCGCCGGGGCCCGACGAGGCCGACCUCUCGGAGGCGGUCCCCGACGCCGGCCGGAACCGCUCGGCCGCGGCGGAGGGGGAGUCGGAGCCGGAGGCGGAGGAGGGCGGCGUGUCGGACUACAGCUACGAGGAGGUGGAGGCGCGGCCGGGCUGGGCCGAGGAGAGCAUCAACUGGCAGCGCACCUUCUCCGUCAACCCCAUGGACUUUGAGCUGCUGCGCUCCGACUGGAACGACCUGCGCUGCAACGUGUCGGGGAACCUGCAGCUGGCCGAGAGCGAGGUGGUGGACGUCCUGGCCCAGUACAUGGAGAAGCUCAACGAACGCAACGGAGGGAUCUACACCCUCCUGCGGAUCAUCAACGUGGAGAAGCGGCGGGACUCGGCGCGGGGCAACCGCUACCUGGUGGAGCUGGAGCUGAUGGAGCGCGGGCGCAGCGUGGUGCGGCUCUCCGAGUACAUCUACCUGCUGCUGCACCGCGGCCGGCUGGGCGACGAGAGCCUGGAGAACACCGACCCCGGGGGGGGGCUGACCCCCUCCGCCGGCCCCGCCUCCGCCCCCGCCCCCGCCCCGGGCCUCAUCACGCCCCCGCCCGCCCCGCCGCCCUCCUCCUCCACCCGGGCCCCCGCCAGGCCCGGCGCCACCGCCUGGAGCACGGCCUACGCCAAGCCCCUCCUCUGCCAGCCCGUGAUGCUGGAGUGGAGGAAGGACGUCAUGGUGCACUUUGUGGUCCCAGUGAAGAACCAGGCGCGCUGGGUGCAGCAGUUCAUCGCCGACAUGGAGAACCUCCACCAGCAGACCAAGGACGACAACUUCAGCAUCAUCAUCGUGGACUUCGAGAGCGAGGACAUGGACGUGGAGACGGCGCUCCGGGAGAGCAGUGUACCCCGAUACGAGUAUCUGAGGAGGGAAGGGAACUUUGAGCGGUCGGCCGGGCUGCAGAUCGGAGUGGAUACCAUCGAGGACAGCCACAGCAUCGUGUUCCUGUGCGACCUCCACAUCCACUUCCCCCCCAACAUCCUGGAGAGCAUCAGGAAGCACUGUGUGGAGGGCCGGCUGGCCUUCGCCCCCAUCCUCAUGAGGCUGGGCUGUGGCAGCUCUCCGCUGGAGCCCGAUGGGUACUGGGAGGUGAACGGCUUCGGCCUGCUGGGACUCUACAAGUCGGACUUCGAUAAGAUCGGGGGGAUGAACACGGAGGAGUACAAGGACCGCUGGGGCGGGGAGGACUGGGAGUUACUGGACAGGGUGCUGCAGAACGGGCUGGAGGUGGAGCGGCUGCGGCUGAGGAACUUCUUCCACUACUUCCACUCCAAGAGGGGCAUGUGGAACUCCCAGAACAAGAAGACCCCCCCCAAGGGGUAG